AUGUUGGGAAUUACAGUCCUCGCUGCCAUCGUGGCCUGCGUUCCCCCUUACAGCAAAGACUUAACCUACCGCGUGGCCCUGGGGAAGUACAAUUUGACAGUGGAGGAUGAGGAAGGCUCCCUGUACGCGGAGGUGGACACCAUCUACGUCCACGAGAAGUGGAACUCGCUCUUCGUGUGGAACGACAUCGCCAUCAUCAAGCUGGCUGAGCCCGUGGAACUGAGUGACACCAUCAAGGUGGGCUGCAUCCCAGAGGAAGGUGCCCUGCUGCCUCAGGACUACCCCUGCUACGUCACCGGUUGGGGUCGCCUCUGGACUGGUGGUCCCAUUGCCGACGUGCUCCAGCAGGGCCUGCAGCCCAUAGUGAGCCACGCCACGUGCUCCCGGUUGGACUGGUGGUUCAUCAAGGUCAGGAAGACAAUGGUGUGCGCCGGCGGUGAUGGAGUCAUCUCUGCCUGCAAUGGAGACUCCGGUGGUCCACUCAACUGCCAGGCAGAGGACGGCUCCUGGCAGGUGCAUGGCAUCGUGAGCUUUGGCUCCAGCCAAGGCUGCAACACAUACAAGAAGCCAGUGGUCUUUACCCGCGUGUCUGCCUAUAACGACUGGAUCAAUGAGGUAGGUGUCCCCUGCACCCCUCCCUGUGGCCCUGAGCCCACUUCCUCGCGUGGCCUCGUCUUCACUGCCUCCUCCUGGAUGUAUUCCCGGGUCCCUUAA